AUGACCAUCGAAACAGCAGUUGCUCCUUCUACCGCGGAGAGUGAUGACGUUGUCGUCGCUUCCCCCAGGACUCGUACUAAGAAGAAGAUUGUGCCGUAUUAUAAGCUCUUCCAUUUUGCGACUAGAGCUCAAUUGAUAGCCAUUGUUGUCGCGGUGUUGGCCGCGGCCCUGCACGGAAUUUCCCUGCCAAUGUUCGCCUACGUUUUUGGAGAUCUUGUUGACGUCCUUGGCAACCCUGAAGGCGUUGAUUUUAUGGACGAGAUUUCCAAGCGUUGUGUGUACUUG